CGAGGUGUCGAGCAGCAGCAGCAGCAGCAGCAGCAGCACAUGACAGCCGAACCUCCGCAACUAAACUACGAGCAUUCACCCGGAGCGCAAACCAACAGAGGAUUUCUGCGCCUGAAACGUUUCGGACUCUCUGCUGAAAACACUCAGACACUCGUGGAACAAAAACACUUUUUUUUUUUUUUUUUUCCUGAAGGAGGAUUUUGUUUGUUUGGGUGGAAAAAAAAGUGAAGAAAGAGAAACCGGCGAGUGCGUCGAGCGAAGUUUUUUGGAAUCAGCUCGAAGCGCGCAGCAGCAGCAGCAGGAGGAGAAGUUUUGGUUCAGUGGCGCACACAGGAGCUUCAUCCUCGGCUUGUUUCUGCCUGGAUCUGCCUCUUGGAUCGCGGAGGAGCGUCCCGGGGAGGUUGGGAGAGUCCGGAGCGGGGCUGAGCGGCCGGAUGCAGAAGAAACCCUGAAGCCUCCAGCAGCUCCAGGGGAGAUAUUCCGAUGUGUCCCCAGCGCUCAGAGCCCCUGGCCCGGCCGCGGGGAUGGCAGCCUCGGCCCUGAACCUCAACGGCCUCGGAGUCAUGAACAGCAGUAACCAGAUCCACGCCCAGCCAGGCUCCUCCAGCGCCGCCUCCCGGACCAGAACCAGCCCCGUGGCCCGGCCCGUGCUGCAGGUUCCGGACCGGAGCACCUACUGCCAGCUGCUGGGCGGAGGCCUGUACAGCCCCACGAGCCCCAAGACGAGUCCUCGGUCUUCGGGUCAAGCCUUCGUCUUCCCGUCUCCGCCGCUGCUCUCCCCCGGACCUCGUCCCCGAUCCCCGUCGCCGCGGAGCCCCGAGCUGCUGGGGGUGAAUGUCGGCCAGCGGGUCCGCCGCCUGAGCUCGCCGGGCGGGGAGGAGCGGGCCAACGGUGACGGGCGGGAGGAGAGGGGAGGCGAGCCGGCGGCAGGAGGCGAGAGGCGGGAGGAGAGGCGGCGUCAGGCCCAGCAGCUGCAGAUCCACAGAGAGCUGCAGAACGUCGAGGUCAGGGGGAAAGUGGGCAUUUUCGAGGCCCACAUCUCCGGGAUUCGUGCCCAGGUGCUGAGCAGCGAGCUCCAGCGAAGCCCUCGGUCUCCCAGACGAGCGACGGGCCAAGCCUCUUCCCCUCCCAGCCCAGGAAGCGCUGCUGGUGAAUGCCCAAUGACCCACCCGGCGCAGGAUAAAGUUCCCUGUGUUGUUCAGAACGGGAGAGAAAGGGAGGAGGAGGAAACAACGGAAGGAGCGCAGGCUGCUGAAACAAACGCUGAUCAAAAUGAGUGCAGCUCAGAAGCCGCCAUGCAGAAGUCCUGCUCGGACGCGCUGCUCGACGCAGCGGCAGACGGAGGCAGAACCGACGGAGGCAGAACCGACGCAGGAGGAACGGAGGAGACGGUUGGAGGCGAGAUGCUGCCGCAGACGGAGGCUCACCCAGAAACCGCCGCCUCGUCUGGGACACCGGCCAGCGAGAGCUCCCCUCCUCCGCUGGACGUCUCCUCCAACCACACUCCCUCCUCUCCUCCCUCCAUCCCCGCCGUCAUAGUGACCGACCACGGCUUGGAGAACCAGGCCCAGGCGUCCGAGGGCCCGGACCGGGGCCCCGGCGGCAGCCCCAGCUCCAGCCCCGGGCCCAACUUCUCCAACCGCUCCCUGAGGAAGCUGUCGUCCUCGUCGGCCUCCUCGGCCGGCUUCUCGUCGUCUUGGGAGGAGUCGGAGGAGGACAUUUCCAGCGACACGGAGAAAGGAGAGCAGCUCCUCAACCCGGCGGUGCUCAGCUCUCAGCAGAAGGCGCACAAGUCGUGGAAGAAGAUCAAGAACAUGGUUCACUGGUCGCCGUUCGUGAUGUCCUUCAAGAAGAAGUAUCCCUGGAUCCAGCUGGCCGGGCACGCAGGGAGCUUCAAGGCGGGAGCGAACGGCCGCAUAUUAAAAAAACACUGUGAAUGCGAGCAGCGCUGCCUGUCCCUGCUGAUGAGGGACGUGCUUCGUCCGUACGUCCCCGGUUACCACGGCGACGUGGAGAAGGACGGACAGAAGUACAACCAGAUGGAGGAUCUGCUGGCCGAGUUCGACUUCCCGUGUGUGAUGGACUGCAAGAUGGGAGUCAGGACGUACCUCGAGGAAGAGCUGACCAAAGCUCGUAAGAAGCCGUCGCCGAGGCCCGACAUGUACCAGAAAAUGAUCGAGGUCGACCCCGAGGCGCCGACGGCCGACGAGAACGACAAGAAGGCGGUGACCAAACCCAGAUACAUGCAGUGGAGGGAGACGAUCAGCUCGACGGCCACGCUGGGCUUCAGGAUAGAGGGAGUCAAGAAAGAGGACGGGACGGUGAACAGAGAUUUUAAGAAGACGAAGACGAGAGAACAAGUCACUGCGGCCUUCCAGGACUUCGUGAAAGGAAACAAGGACGUACUGAACUGUUAUCUAACGAGGCUGAAAGAAAUCAGAGACACUCUGGAGAUCUCACCGUUCUUCAAAACCCACGAGGUAGAGACUCAUAAAGGACGGGCCAAAGUCUGGAUGAUCGACUUCGGGAAGACCACGCCUCUCCCCGAGGGCGAGGAGCUGACCCACCGGGCGUCGUGGGUGGAGGGGAACCGGGAGGACGGGUACCUCUCUGGACUGGAUAGUUUGGUGGACAUCGUUUGCUCCAUGGUGAACUCGGACACAUGAGCAGCAGCCGCUUCCGUUGGCCCGUCGGGGGAGAACUUUCCUCGGGGACUCCGUCACAUGUUGGAAACCACGAGAUCCGGAAAAAAAAAAAAAGGAGCACACGGCCAGAUCCAUUCGCGUCUGCUCGCUGGAGAGUCCGGAUUUAGUCGUGACGUGUUUGUUGUUGUCUUGAACCCCCUUAAAAGGCCUUUUUCUCAGCAGACGUUGACCUAACAACAGUUACGACAGCUCGGUUCCUCGUUAACCAGCAGACGCAAUAACGUUAUUUAUACACCUGAGUUCUUCUGUUGUGACGUCCAAAUCUAACUUUUAGGAAUUCUCGGUUUAACCUUCUGAACUCCAAGCACAUUCUGGAUGUUGCUCCUGUCAAAAAAAAUCAAGAAAACCUGAAAGAAAUGAAAAACAAGUGCCUCGUUAACUAAUUGCAUUUUUAAUUUACUUCCAUUCUCAACGUCUCUCUGACUGACUUUCUGUUGUGUUCGUCACAGCCGAGUCAGUCUUGAUUUUUAGAGUUUUUUAGUUUUAUGCAGAUUCUGUUUGUUUUGGCAAAUUUUUAAAUGAUACACUAAAUUAUUUUA